GUGCUUUCCCGCACGGUGCCGAGCAGCUUACUAUCAGGAGUGGAGACCACCUGUGCAGAUGCGGCACCGGGCCCUCGCGAUAGCAGCGUGCUGCGUUCUGUUGGCGGCAUGGCACGCAGCAGGAGACGAAGAUGAUUUGGAUGAGCCGCUGGUGCUGGUGCGCUGAGUAUCACGAGCUCGCAUGUUCAGGCCCAGAGCUCCUCCAAUCGCAGGGCAGGCAGCGCCUGCACUGGGAGAAUGUCGAGCACUUGCACCCUGGGGGGCUGCCGCCACAUCCCGCCGCCCCCAUUUUGGCGCGCGCGGAAGCGGGAACGUCCGCCCUUUCCCUGCGCGAGCAGGUGACCUGUGGGAGCACAAUCAAGCUGGAAGCGGACACCACGCGGCACCUGCUGCACUCACACGAGGUCAGCUACGGCUACGGUCGAGGCAGCGGUCAGCAGUCUGUAACCGGCUUCCCGGAGCGCGACUCUGCAAACAGCCUCUGGGUUGUGCGUUCUGGGGGGUGCCUACAAGGAACCCCCAUUACAAAGGGCCAGGCGAUCAAGCUGCAACACAUCGGCACACGCCGCUGGCUGCACAGCCACCUCUUUGUGUCCCCCCUCUCAAACAACCAGGAGGUCAGCUGCUUCGGCGAUGACGCUACCACUGACACGGGCGACAUGUGGCGUGUGGAAUGGGACGACGGUGCCAAGCAAUGGCAGCGCGAUGCGGCGGUGCGCUUUGUGCACAAGGACACAGGGGCCUUUCUGAGCAACCAUGGCGUUAAAUAUCAGCGCCCCAUCCCUGGGCACACAGAGGUGUAUGCCAUCAAGGGUAGCAAGGGUAGGCACACAGUGUGGAGAGCCACUGAAGGCGUAUACUGGCCCGCUCGGGCACAGUGACGCGCCUGUGCGGAUGUGCGCUCAGCUACACACGCUCCUCUCUGUCCUUUCAUUGCGUGCGGGCAUUGGCCGUCCCGCCCACGUCCCGCUUGCGUUGGCACCGCCGUGUAGGGUCGACUUUGCUGUUAUAACACUCGCGUGGUAAAUUUCAAGUUC